GGGCGGGGCCGGUGGGGUAGGAGGGAGCGGCCGACCAACCGACCCGACCCAAGGUUUCGAGCGAGGGUCCGGGACAGGGGGUGGUGAGAAAUCCAAGACUCAGGGGCCAGGUGCCGGGUCGCAGCUGCCCCCGGCCCAAGAUGCGGUAAAAACGGCCCGCGCUGGAAGCCCUGUCCUUGGCGUCACCCAACCAACUCCCAGCCCAUGGCGACCCCAGGCCUGGGGCUGCUCUUGGCAGUCGGCCUGGUGCUCCUGCCCAACCGCUGGGGCCGAGCCUGGGGGCAAGGCACUACAGCAGCAUCACCCACUUCAAGUGGCAACAGCAGUGGCACCGUGACUGACUUCAGCUCCAAUGGGGGCCUGUCUCAGGAAGGCAUUACUGCCAUCAUCGUGGUCUUCUCCAUCCUGGGUGCCCUGGUCCUGAUCGUGGCGCUGGUGUUCCUGGUCCGGAAACUUCGAGAGAAGCGGCAGACAGAGGGCACCUACCGGCCCAGCAUCGAGGAGCAGUUCUCCCAUGCAGCUGAGGCCCGGGCCCCCCAGGACUCCAAGGAGACGGCUCGGGGCUGCCUGCCCAUCUAGGCCCCCUUUCCUACAUCCAUCUCCUUCCUUGCUGUGUGACCUUGGGGGAAGGCAGCACCCUCUCUGGGCAAUCAGAUUCAUCCCGUGCUUAAGAAUAGAAGGGAAGAAGGUGCUUAAAGACUUUGCCCCUGAGGGCAAGGGAGGGUGGGGCUGUUCACUUUUAUAUAUUUAUAUAACAUUGGUAGUGAGCUAUAAUAAAGUUUUUUUUUUUUUUUUUGAGCUGGUGGGAA